AUGGGAGAGCGUCAAGAGUGUCGCGAGUGCCAACGCGCUGCCGUUCUGGACACUAUAGCAGACGAGGAAAGGCAGGAAUUCAUCAGCUAUACGCAGGUCAUAGGAACAAAACGUGGAGAUGCAAAGAGAUCGUCACUCCUACAAAAGGUGGACGAGCGGAAAACACAAGCAAGGCAACCCGAAGAUACAGCUCGAUACGUACACAACUACUCCCCUAUGAUGCUUGAUAAAACAUCAGUUGAAGCUUUUUCUCUUGGUCCAAAGUUCUGCAUACCUACCCGAAAGAUUAAUCAGUUAGAAUUGGAAACCCAGUUCGAGAAUCUGCAUAACCAAACUUAUGAGCUAAAGCCUAUCUCUGCAGAAAGUGUCCAGCACUUAAAUCAACACUGGUGA